CAAAAAAAAAAAAAGACAAACUAGGAAGUAGUCCGGAACGCACGUUAUUUUUUGAAUUUUUGCUCAGCCGGUGUGCCGAGCACACUGUAAAAAAGAACAGCAUGCUUGAGGUGGCGGCCAGAGGGACGGCCCUGUACCAGCCCCUGCUGCACCACAGUAGACACCAAUGCAUACGCCGUGCAUUUGCGACGCUGACAAAGAGCUGCAAUGCGACCAGAUCUGAUGUAAUCAGCGUGGGCAGAAUGCUUGCCAGGCGCCAGACACACGGCAAGGGCGAGGCCAGCCAGGCGAACACAUUCAUGCUGUUGCGCUGGUCCAAGCAGGUGUGGAGCAAAAUGUUUGGCAAAUAUCUGCUGGUCACCAAUGUGCUCGGCUCCGGCCUGCUGAUGGCCGUGGGCGAUGUCAUCGCCCAGGAGUACGAAUACCGUCACGGAUUACGCAAUCAGGAUCGUUAUGAUGGCGAGCGUAUCUAUCGCAUGUUCGUCGCUGGCGCUCUGCAGGGACCGCUGCAUCAUUUUGUCUAUAAUUGGAUGGAUCGCGUGAUGCCGCAUCGUUCAUUUCGGAAUAUCGUCAAUAAGAUACUCAUCGAUCAGCUGUUCAUGUCGCCCGCCUGCAUACUGAUAUUCUUCUAUACGGUCUGCUAUCUGGAGGGCCAAACGCUGCAGGCAACGCACAAGGAGUUAACUGCCAAAUUUCCAUACAUCUAUCUGAUGGACUGGCUAACGUGGCCGGCGGCGCAAUAUAUCAACUUUCGAUAUCUGGAUACCAAAUAUCGUGUGGCCUUUGUCAAUGUCUGCACGGCAGUCUACAAUGUGCUUAUGUCCUAUAUGAAGCAUGAUUUCGGCAUCGAUCUGCCCAUCGAUGUUGCGUCCAAUUCAAAGGAUGCGCCGAUUGCGGACCGAAAUCCAUCCGGAACAGCACCACAAUCAGCUAAUACCCUGACAACAAGCAAAACAUAAUUGAUAGCAUUUUAUUAAAUUUAUGUGAUAUAAGUAAAUUAACAAACAAAUUUGUUAGUCAUCGUAUUUAUUUUGUAUUAUUGUACGUAAAUUUCUGCAUAACGCUAGCGAGAGGCUAUUAGCAACAAUUUAUAUAUCAAUAA